ACCUAGUUUUUUAUCGGUGUCCUCUCAGUUCGUCCCAAAUUGGCUUUGUAAGAUGAAACAACAUCAAAGGGGCGAGCAGGUGUGAGAGUGAGCAAUUUGGGACGAACUGAGAGUAAACCGUUUUUAUCGUACUUAUUUUCGAAGCAGAUGACAUUCUGUGCUAAAUAUAUAUUUUUUUGUGAAUUAUUCUCUUCCUUCAGUGGUGUUCUGUUAUCGUAGAAAGUAAAAGUGUAUUAGAUGAAUUAUAUUUUCAUUUUAUCUCUCUUAAAUUAAAAAGAAAUAGAGAGAAGGAGAAAAAUAAUUCUAAAUAGUCUAAGGUAACAUGGUAGAUACGACAACAACAUCUAAUUUUAUCCUAAAAAACACUUUAACCUCACUUUUUACUGAUAAAAUAACUUUUUUUUCAUCUGCUGGCAUGUUUGCUCUCAACAAACAGAUCAAAGAUCAUGUUUUUUUGUGUACAUAAAUGAUAUGGUCGUCAUAGAGAGACAGAGAGAGAGAUUAAAAGAGACAACAAUUUCUAUAUAAAGAGGAUAGAAUAUGUUAUUUAGUUGCCUCCACUCUUCGAACAGCAGCGCACUUUUCACACGCACAUAUAGUCAAGUUUAGCUCUAAAACCAGAAAAGGUAAACUUAUAAUACUCUGUUACUUAUUAAUAGGAUACUUUAAGUAGUUCAAAACUGGACUCUCAGAACUCCGUUUGAUCUCUUCGCAAACCUUUUAUGGUCCUUCAUUUAGAUGGCACAAGCAAAAAUUGAAGGAUUACUCACACAAUGGAAAGAAAAAUCUGGCAAAUUGGAGUUGACAUCCGAUCAAGAAACAAAAAUCAAACAAUGGUUUGCUGAUUGUGUUGAAAAAUUAAAACAACGUAAAGAGGGUGCUAGAAAAGUAAUAGGUGACUUGAAAACAGCUGUCGACGGUGGAGACGAUAAAGCGGCUGAAGAAAAUUUACAAAAAUUACGUGAAGGUUUGAGACAACAUGAUCAAGGAAGAGAAAAGGCAUUAGAUGAAUUUGAUCAAAUUCUUAAACCAAACCAACGUGCACGUAUAGUACUCUUUGCAGUUUCAGAAGCAAAAGCAAAAGGUCAAUCAGUUGAACAUCUGUUAGAUUCAAUUUUAUCAGGUGUAGCCGAAUAA